AUCUAUCCAACAGAACGUUUCAGGAUCUUGCAAGGCAGAUGGACUAUGCCUACGGCACCGUUAGGGACUCAGCGGUGUAUGAUUACUUCAGAGCCAAAGGUACAAACCCACUGGAGCAGGACAGCACAUAUGCAGAGCUGUGGAGGACAAUCAGCAAAAACAAUGGACAGGACUUCUCAGUUUCUAGCCCUUCUGAAGGCAUACGCAAGGCCAAAAAAGGACCUUAUGCAUUUUUGUGGGACAUGGCCGUGGUGGAGUAUGCAGCACUGACAGAUGACGACUGCACCAUCACUGUAGCUGGCAACAGCAUGAGCAGCAAAGGCUAUGGAAUCGCCAUGCAGCAUGGGAGUCCUUACCGAGACCUUAUCUCCCAAAAGAUUCUGGAGUUGCAGGAGAAAGGAGACCUGGAUGUCUUGAAACAGAAGUGGUGGCCUCGGACUGGCCGCUGUGACCUCAACAGCCACAGAAAUGCCCAACCGGAUGGUCGCUCGCUCAAGCUGCAUAGCUUCGCCGGCGUCUUCUGCAUCCUAGCAGCGGGGCUCCUGUUGGCCUGUCUGGUGGCCGCACUGGAAAUGUGGUGGAACAGCAAUCGCUGUCGGCAAGAGCAGCCCAAAGAGGAUACUAAGGAUUACAGACUGGCAAGGGUUUCUGGUCCAUUGACAUAUAAUGAUAUUGCUACUGCUUCUUCGGAGGGGAGCAAGGACAUUUGGACAGACAGAGAAAGAGACUGGAAUGAAGCAGAAGCUAUUGACACAGGACAAGGAGGUGAACCUGGAACAGGUGCAUCGGCGUAUGAACAGUCUUAUGGACGAGGACAUGGCACACAAGCAGAUCCCCGCACCAUCUAUCGAGAUCUCUGCCCUGGACAUCGGCAGCAUGCUGCCCAGCCAGCAGCGGGAGGCUGUGCGAGACUACCCGGGCACGGGCCUGUCUGUGAGCACCUUCCUCCCGGAGCAAGCUCAUGGGGUGGGCCGGAUGCUGGCCCAGGGUCCUGGCAGCACCCUGCCCCUUCCUCUCCGCAGCUCCACCAUGCCCUCCGUCCAAUGCAAACACAGGGCUCCCAACGGGGGUCUGUUCCGACAGAGUCCCGCCAAGACGCCCAUGCCAAUGUCCUACCAGUCAGUACCAGGAGGACCCAUCCCAGAAGCUAUUGAGCAUAGUACAUCCAUCUAAGGUCAUCGUCACCAUGUGCUGCCUCCCACUUGCUUUUCAAAGGAAGAAAGCUGAGCUGCUGUUGGAGCUUUGGAAACU